AUAGAAUCUCACCUAAUAAACCCAACAACUUGUUUUCUGCUUAUAUAACUAACUCUUUAAUCAUCCCAUCAUUUGGUCUUUAAUCAGCCUUGAAGUUUGGUUAUGGAGAGUAUGAACAAAUAUUUACCUGCAAAUCAUCUUCAUCAACCUUCCAACUACCAUGAAUAUCUCUCGGCCCACCGCUCGCUCUUUGCAGAUGGACUCAAGGACCUACGAAAUGUAAAGGAACAGUUAUACUCAGCUGCAGAGCAUUUUCAAGAUUCAUAUCACAAGAAUGACCAAAAACAAAUGUUGUUAGAAAGCUUGAAGGACUACAUCUCCAAAUCUAUGCUUAAAACCGUUGACCAUUUGGGCUGCGUGACGAAUAAAGUUAACAAGUUACUAGAUGAACAUGUCAAUGAAGUUUCUAAAACAAAGCUUCUAGUAUCCGGCAUUGAACAGCGCUUACGUACAUGUCAAAUAUGUGCUAACUAUGGUGAGCUAUCGCAACAAUCACUGAUGAUGCAGACACCAAAGUAUUACAAGCAGUACCCUGCUCAAGAAGGUUGCAUUUCUGAAGCUAAUAAACCAAAAACAGGACCAGUCCAGUCAUCGGGUCUAAGUUCAAUGUAUAAAAACUUGUGCAGAAAAGGGUAUUCUCGACAAACUUGUACCGAGUUGCCAUCGGGUUUAAUUACCUUCUCGCUUACAAAGGAUGCAUCACUCAAAAAAAUAGAGAAACGAUCACGGUCAGUUUCACCGCUUCGAUUCUCGAUUAGAUGCUCAGGCUCUUCGGCAAAUCAACCAACGUGUCCAAGCUUUUCUGUCAAGUUUUCUGCCUCUUCUGUUCAUCGGUCCAUCAGCCCAAACCCGUCCAGUAGCAGACAGCAAUUACAGCAACCACCAGAGGCUAUGAAAUCUCAAACCUUGUACCCACAAAGACCAAGCAGACCAAGCACAAAAGAUAUGGAAAUCUACUCGAAGAAAACAAGAAACCUUUUCAAAGCAUUGCUAAGUAUAUAUAAGUCGAAGAACAAUAUUAUAUAGUUCAGAUAAACAAGAAGUCUUUAUGUUCUGGAAGGAUGUUCUACAAGAAGCUAUUUUUUUCCAUGUUUUUUUCUUGAUCUAAAACAUAAGAGUAUUUUUACGUAUCAUUAUGUAAAGCGUAAUGCGGCUACUUAAUACUUUCUAUUAAUGUUUUGCUAAAUAA